AUGAUCUUCAUGCUGGAUUUGAAUAUACCCGACUCUGAUGUCACGACCGCGGCACACUACAACAGCUUGGUUCCUGGACUAGCUGUUAACACGACCACUCGUCUGCACUGGUGGGGUGGCAACUAUACCAUUGGGAAGCAUGGUCUAUUCGCGAACUCCAGCGAUGCUAUCGCCGAGUAUACUGCACCUCGACCUCGAGACAGCACCAAUCACACCUAUACGCUCUAUCUCUUCAAUCAACCCUCUGGUUAUAAUCUCCCGAAAGAGGCUCUGGACGGUACAUAUUAUUCCCAGACCACUGCUAGUCGCUUCAACUUUUCUCUGGCCCACACUGUCAAGGAAGUGGGUGAGCCUGUGGCUGCUACUUAUUUCCUGAGUAAUAACCCAUAG